ACAGCGAAGUUCGCGAACGUUAGCAAUCUCAAACCAGUGAAGCUAUCGAGACUCGAGUCGGAGGAUUUGGAAGAAUGGCCAUGGCAGCAGUGGCAAGACCACCCUCAAUUGCGUUGCUAACAAGACAAAGGCUCAGACCCAGGUGGGUCUUCACCCCUCUGGCUUCUUCUUCAUCCUUUUCAUCUUCGUCUCCUUCUUCCUCUGCUCCUCCUAGAAAGCUCGUUCUCUACUCUAAGCCCGGUUGCUGUUUGUGUGAUGGCCUCAAAGAAAAACUCCAGGCUGCAUUCUUAGUUUCUGCCCCUGAUUCCCUCCACGACGUUGAUUUGCAGAUAAGGGAUAUCACCAGCAAUCCUGAGUGGGAAAGGGCUUAUCAGUAUGAGAUACCCGUAUUGGCUAAAGUACUCUCUGAUGGCACUGAGGAAAUCCUACCUAGAUUAUCUCCACGUCUUGGAGUGGAACUCAUCCAAAAGAAGAUAGCAGCUGCUUUGAAAGAAUAACAGGUUGUUCUGUACAUCUUCCACGUUUCUUUCAAGCAACAGUAAGCAUAAAGGCCGAGGCUGUGAUUUGCAUCAACAAACACCAAUGGUCCAAUACACCAUCGCCUCUUUUUCCCUUUUGUGGACUACUCCACUAUGGGUUGUAGAAAGUGAUUGAUAAUGGAUCGUCAUUUUCAUAUAUAUGUUUUUAUCUAGUGAGAUUAGUCCAUGAUUGCAAACGACAACAGGGCCUUCCUUGUCUUUGAUUGUCACAUGCACCCACUUCUUUCUUUCUUUUAUGCAUUUUCUUUUGGAAAAUGUGGUCAAACAAUAUCCUAAAAGAAUCAGAAGGAAAACCAGAACCUCAUAAGAUUCCUAGUCCUUUAUAAGAUCCUCAGGAGUUUAAAAUUCUACCUUAUAGG